AUGACUUCAUUCAUGACCCCCCUCAUCGUCUUCCUUUGCACUCUGCUCACAGUGGUGUCUGCUGUACCGCUCGUGAAGCGAGAUGUCUUUGUGCCUCCUGUUACCUUCCCUUCCAGUGGCGACGUCUUGAGAAUCGGCCAGAAGUACAUGGUCACUUGGAAUGCCUCCAAUCCCCCGGCGGAGCUCACCAACCCGACGGGCAUGAUUAUUCUUGCCAAAGGCGGCAUGCUUCUGGACUUCAGUGACCCGCUUGCGGAGGACUUCAACAUUCUUAACGAGCAGCAGGAGAUUACCGUCCCAGACGUAGCUCCAGGCGGCAAUUACUCUUUCAUUCUCUUCGGUGACUCUGGCAAUACCGGCCCCACUUUCACCAUCACACACUAA